AGACUAAAGCUCGGAGUAGUAGAAAGAGAUAGAUAGAGAGAGAGAGAUAGAUAGAGAGAGAGAGAGAGAGAGAGAGAGAGAGAGAGAGAGAGAGAAGAAUAACUGGAAAGGUAGAGCGGUACUACUGUACAUUGUACAAUACAGGACAUUACUGUUACUCGUGAGAUAUUAGUUUUUUAACCAUAAAAACGAGGCAACCCACUCCUCUAAAAAAAGGUGGCUACCAUGCUCGGAGAAGCUUUCCUUCAUGUUCUAAACAGCAAAGAAGAUACAAAAAAUCAUGGUGGACGCACUGACGCACAAUCACGCAACCCUACGAACCGCCCUGAAGCUUGUAUGGCCAAUGGCGCUGUCAGAUCACCUUUGACAUCACGAACAGUGAGAGCUGGCAGGCCUGAAGGCCUGGAAAAGCUGGGGCCUUGCCGGGCCUCUGCACCCAGCAAUGCCGUGUCCAUUCUCAGCUGCAGUGGUGAAGAUCACUUGGGCAUGACGUUGUAUUGCUCCUGGUGCUGUCCCAGCUUUUAUAAGGAUUAUCCGGACCUCAGACUUGCAGGCGACCGGCUGGAGCAUUGGAGUCCUCAUAACCCAGGCCUGCUUAGCCCACAGGACGACGGUCCACUGCUACAGUCUCAGGACCUGAGCUCUCUGGAACCUUCUUUGGAUCAAAGUCAACAGGCAAAGACAGGAACCCAGCAGGAUGAGGGCUAUCUUGUCAUGGAGAAUGGUCAAGGCCCAAGCUGGGAGAGAAGGCUGACCAACUCCAUGUUAAAUGGUUAUCUGGAAGUCCAAAUGCUGGAGGUGUUUUGUCAGCACAUGCAAAACAUGGCAUGCUGUGGAUCUUCAUUGCUUGGCACUGAUGUCAUGCCAACACUGGCACCCACCAGCCUGAAUGUACAGAAGGAACCGAGAGCCAAUCAAGAAGAGCAGCUGAAUUCUUCAUCCAAUAAUGUUGUGCGAUACUGGAGCACCUGUUCAGCUCCAGCCACAUCACACUUCAGCUCACCUGUGCUGCGGAUUUCGGAAGCUGACGAGCCACCUGCAUAAACACAUACACACUCAUCAUGACAUCAUCACUUCCUGUCCUCACGAUACAAUAUUUGGGUUUAAUUACGGGGAAUCAAUAAUGGUAAUUGAGGAAAAAAAUUGUCAAAAAAAAGUCCCUAGCUGCGAUACCCUUUUUAAAAAAGGACACCUUUGCACCUAAAGAGUCCACAUUAUUAUCUCAAAGGUACAUACUGGUACCAAAUGUAUACAUAUCUGCACCUAAAUUGUACAGUACAUAUUAGGACCUUUUGAAGUGUCAAAAAUUUUGACAAUUUUUUCCUCAAUUUUUUGUUGGAUUUUGUAUUUUUGUUUUAUAAAAAAUAUGCUUAUCAUUUAAUAUGAAUGAAGCUCUAUUUAUAAUAUUUGUGGCAUAAAUUAUAUUACCACAAAUAAUUUUGACCCAUCCCAAAAAGUAUAUAUUUUUUAUUAAGGGCAUUUAGGGGAUGAACAAUUUAAAAGAGUUUUAAAAUUAUAGCCACAAACAUUGAGUAAGAUAAAAAUUGCUUAAAACAUUAUAAAAUAAUAUUAAAUUUUUAUGCAACUUACAAAUGAGGAACAUCACAAGCAAUUUGCCAAGUGCUAACAGUAUUUGUCCUACACAACGCAAGUUUAUAAUAACUGCAAGAUUAGUACAUAAGCUACAGCAGAAGUGAAAUGCAGUAAAGUAGAGAAAGAGAAGAAGAGAAACUGUAUACAGAUUCUGAUUUAGUGGACCUUAAUUUUGUAUUAUAAUAAUAGCAAAUAUAAAAGCCUUGCCACCAAAGGCCAGCAGCUCCUGUCCAGCAAACCUUGGUGUCACCAAGCAGACUUUGACACUUAAGAAACAAUAUACAAACCUCAUAAAUUACAACCUGUAACUGACUGAAUAUAUUAAAAAAAAUUCUGACACCAUUUCAACAUUACAGAUGUUGAAAUUGACUUUACUCAUUAACCUCUCUGUUUUUACUGUAAAUUUUAUUCAUCAUUGUAUAUUUUAAAGAAAAGGAACCAAAAAACAAGCAGUCAUGUGAAAAUUAUGUAACAACGUUUAUAAAUGUUAUCACUUCCUUCUGAACAACCAAUCAGACCUGCUGCUGUAUACAGCUUUCAUUUUCCUUGUAUUGACUUUUGAAACGUCAUCAAGUCCUGUUUUGUACAUGAUGCCAUAAUUAAUGAAUUUAUAUUAGGAUAAUGUAAAGAUAAUUGUGAGAUAAUGUAAACAGUAACUGUGAAAUUGGUUAAUAUUUUGUGUUACAUCGCCACCUGUUGUUCUUAUUGAUACAGUACACUGAGGAAUAGAACAAUCGUUAGGGCGCCCUCUAAUGGGAGCUUUUGGAACGGCGCCCAAUGUCACCACGAAGGGUUAUGUCAUAUUGCAUAUGUCAUUAGGCUUCAUUGUCGUAAGACUUAAUUUGUUUCAUACUACUUCGAUGUUUACAAAUAAAAUACACAUAAUCUUAUAUUUUAUACGUAAAAUGAACCUUGAAAUAUGAAUAAAGCAAUGUAAUUCUAUUCUAUAUGCAUUUGUC